AUGGAAAGAUUCUUGUGUGUCUCUGAUGGAGAAAUGGAUCAAAACUUUAUAUGGUCUGGUGUUAUUGAAACAAGGAAAGCAAUCACUGUGAAGUGGGACUUGGUGUGCAAGCCAAGAUCAAAAGGGGGCCUAGGUGUUCGUAGAUUGAGAGAUGUGAAUAAGGCAUUGUUAUGCAAAUUGGCUUGGGCUAUUAAACAUGAGGAGUCGAUGGUUAUUGAUCAGCAGGAAAGAUGGGUUGUGAGAGAUGGUUCCUUGAUUAAAUUUUGGACAGACUGCUGGUUGGGGAGCGAAUCACUCGCCUCUGUGUCUCGGUUGGGGCUGGAUUUCUUUGUCGGUAAAUCUGCUAAGGUUGCUGACUUAUCUCUAAUUCGAAGUGGUCACUCCCUCAGGUUCAUUCUAAAUGUCUUGAAAGAAUUUUCUCGGCUAUCAGGAACAUCCCCUUGGCUCCUUCACCUGGUAAGGAUUUAUGCUGCUGGGGUUUGUCGACCUCUGCCUGAUCCAGGGUGUUUUGCUGAACUGGUGUUAUGGUGGAAAAGGAAGAGUAGACAAGUGCCUAUGAAGGAUGCGUGGAUGGCUCGGUUGGUGUUGUUGCCAUUUGUCUUAUGGGAGGAACGAAAUCGUAGGAAAUUUGAUAACAAGUCAAGGUUGGUGCUUGUUUGUUCUCAUUUGAUCUUGGGUUCUCUCAAGGAGAUUUCGGGCUCAUUUAAAUACCCGAUCUCUUCAGUUUCUGAUUUGGUGUGUGCCAGAAGGUUGGUUAUCUCUUUGCUUCCUAAUCCUCCCCAGAUUAUCAGAGAGGUUCACUGGAGCCGCCUUUUCUCAGGUUGGGUGAAAUUUAAUGUGGACGGGUGCUCUUUAUGUAAUCCGGGUAGAGUAGGAGUGGGUGGGGUUCUUCGAAAUGACCAAGCUACUCCCUUUGCAGCGUUUAGUAUUAUCAUUGGAACGGCCACUAAUUAUGUGGCGGAAUUUUAG